AUGGUACGGUCUGUAGGGACUUUCACUAACCAAGUGAUGGUCUUUGCUGAUGACGAAGCUACCCAACUUCUACAUCCACACCAUGAUGCUUUGGUGCUUACGCUUCAGGUUGCAAACAUUAAUCUGAAGCAAAUCUUGAUUGACAACAGAAGUUCAGCCAAUGUAUUGUUUUUGGCUGCUUAUAAAAGGAUGGGUCUGGAUGAGACUUUGAUACUGCGGAAGUCGACAGCAAUGAUUGGGUUUAAUGGCAAGGUGAGCCAUUCAUUGGAUGAAGUUGUGUUGCCCAUUUAUGCCCCAGGAUUGAACAAGCAGACCAGGUUCUCCAUUGUGGAUUCACCUUAUACUUAUAAUGCCAUUUUGGGACGCCCUUGGUUGCAUGCCAUAAAGGCCGUACCCUAUACUUAUCACCAAGUCCUACGCUACCCCACCAAUGGUGGUGUUAGGGAAAUCUUGGGGGAUCAACACUCUUCUAGGAGUUGCUACUAA